AUGGAGCCCCGCAAAACGCCCCCGGAGUACUUUUUGGAGAUCUUCGCAGAUACCACCAACGUCCGCGACGUGUUAAAAGGUAUUCUCAACACCAUCUUCUUCCACCGAUACUUCCCCUCCAUCCGCCCAAUCACCUUCGACGUCCUCGACUUCACCCUCCCCGCCAUCAACGACGUAGACCUCGAAACCCUCAUCGACUCCCGUGUGAGUUCCCUCGUCCGCCAGCACUCCUCCGCCGCCAGCGCCCCCGAUGGCGGCGGCGGGGGUGUCCGGGCACGGAUGGCCGUGGAAUUCUACGAAAAGCGACGUCGACGACCGGGAAUCUGGUUUGGCGGACUAUCAGGGAAGGGCGAGGAAGAAGUAUGCUGGGAAGUGUGGAAUUUGGACGUGACGAUAGCCACUCCUCGAACAGAGUCUGAACGCGCCAAAGUGCGCAAAGCAAUGGAGAAUAUGCUUCAGAAAGCCGUCCUGAAGAUCCUAGCCGUGGUUAACCGCGAUAAGGAGCACAUUCCCCCGAUCACUACGAGCGAUUCGAAUCCGUUUCCUUAUCGCGUGGUUUUAAACCCGAGAUCGGAUGGUUGGCAGAAUCGCUUUGGGUUAUACUGA